AUGGCGCCCAUUCAGCGCCUUCCCUUCGAGCUCAAGGAGCAGAUCGCUCGUGAGCUGAGCGACUUCGACCUGUACGACCAACGCAACUACCAGAUCGACCCCUAUGGCCACAGCUUCUUCAACGGACACACGUAUGAGUGGCAGCCGUUACAGAAAGCAGGCGACAAGCCCCAACUGAGCUUUCAGCCAGUUUACGACGAUCUGCGUGCGCUUUCCCUCGUUUCGAAAGACUUCCGGGACCCGGCGCAGCGCGCCCUUUUUGCUGUUGUUAUUGUUGGGGACCCUACGGCAUACUUCAAGCUCUUCCGAACUUUGCUAGAAUCUCCCCAAGUUAGGUCCUACAUACGGUGUCUCUUGGCCAUUUCAGUUCGAAAUCCUGAUGCAGAGAAGCGACGUUCUGAGAUAGAAACGUCCCGCUGGGCUGCUUUCGUCGACAUACUCGGCGCCCUUGUUCUCUUUGGCCGGCAUAAUACUUACGACCUUCGGAACCACUAUUACUUUUACGGACUCAGGUACCGGUUAUACCCACGCGGCCUUCCUGUGGUCUUAUCAUCGGACCGCAUAGCAUCAUACGAGCUUGAAAGCUGGAGGUUUUGCCGACUAGUCAGCGAGGUUUUGUAUAGCAUUCUUCAGCUAUGCCAGUCGCUAAGAGCGUUUCAUUUACACUGCAGUAAUGGGUCUUGGGGGCAACAAGAAGAUCCAUGUACAUUCUGGCCUCUUGAUGGAUGUUCCCUGUGGACAAAAGCGCUCAACAGCGACCCUUUUCUCAACACUCUAACAAUUGACAUUCGUGUUUUGGAAGCGUUUCAUGGGUUCAUGAUCAUGGACAUUGAUAAAUGUCCACCGAACAUUGAACAUCUCACUAUUGUUGGCUCAACAACCCAUGAAUUCCGCAACAACAUGCCGGGUAUGCACCAUGUCUGCGGUUGGCUAAGCGCCGUUACCAGGCUGAAAACACUCCGAAUUUGGUACGGGAUUCGUAGUAUUGCUUGCCCACCAGUCCAUAACUGGAAUAAGCUUCUUCUCAAGUUUAAAUCCACCCUGGAGCAGCUUGUGGUGGAUGGUGCUGGGACGCUGCUCCACUUGCGUCCCAAUAACAUCCUUGGCCGCCGGGUACUCCAGCAAGAGCGACUGUUUGGUCCAAGUCUUAUGUUAUCAUGCCUGUCGAAGAUGGAGAAGCUCAGAUACUUGAGUGUUCCGAUACAGUAUCUCAGAAGAUGCCCGGAGGGUAUGGAGCCACUUGAGUUUUUGAGCAUGCCUAACGAAGGCCAAGAUGUUCGCCAGUUCGUGGAAGCAGAUGUGAAGUUUCCGAAAUCACUACAGAGAACUGAAAUUAUAAUAGUACAGGAAGUAGAGGAUGACUUAAUCACAGAGGUCAAGGCUUUGAGGAUCGAUCUGGGCAAGGACGACGUCAAAAACAACAACAACAACAACAACAACAACAACAACAACAACAACAACAACAACAACAACAACAACAACAACCUCGACCACCUGCUUCUUUACCCUAAGAACCGGCGGUACGUUCGGUCUCUCUUCGUUACCCGCCAUACCCAUCCGGCCGCACGUGCUAGCGAAACUUUGGACCAGCUGAAGCAAUUCCAUCGGGAAUUGCGUCCCCUUAUCCUGACAGGAAAGAUCGAUGAACUUUAUGACGCAAGCUUCUUCCGCGGAUUUGAAGCCGGUGUUUCGCUUGGAGUGUACUACAAUAAGGAUGAUUGGACCGGGAAUCAAGAAGACCGUUUCGGCUCCCCGCGGAUGCUAUCUUGUUUGGGAGAUUUUGAGAAGUUGGCCUACCUCAAGGUGCCAUUGCACAUGCUGCGGCAAGACUGCCCCAAACUUUGCGUGCCAAAAAAAGGACAGCAGGUCUUGGACCUCGUGCAGGCCAAACUCCCAAAGGGGUUGAAGAAGGUGGAUAUUGUAGUGUUCAAAGAGGAUGAAAGUUGGAAGGUGGAUCCCUGGCGCCCAAUUUAUAAGUCUAUUGAACCUACCAAGACCUUCCAGGUUCGGCUUUAG